UUUUUACCAUUUUGCUCUAUUCCCCCUCCCCCGACUCGUCUCUCCCAACGUAUCUUCUCCCUUCUACAAUCUUUGACUCUUUUUUCUCCAUUUAAUCCCCAUCAAUCGCCCAUUCCCCUUCUUCGACUUGUUCUCACCUCCUAAGGUUUGUGUUGGGUGGAUUGGAGUUCUCACUUUAUAAGCUUAUGAAAUUUUCGGCGUAAUUCGCCAAUUACUCCCUGUUUUAACAGGUUCCAUUGUAAUUAGCAUUGAAGAAAAGAAGAAGAAUUGAGGGUCAAAUAAACAAAAAAAACAGAAAAAAAAAAUCUGAGGAUACUUCUUUAGGAUGGGUGGGGUUUGUUCUAUUGGUGCUGAUCGAGGUAACUCACUCAAUGAGCUUUCCUUUGAUGACAAUGGCUCUGAGGAAAAUGAUCACAAACAGUUUGAGUACAAUCCGAAGGCGCCGAGCAAAAAUAAGACCACUCCAAUUGUGGAGGAUAUUGAAAAGAAGCCAUGCAAGGGAGAAUCUACAUUGUGUGAGAAGGGUCUCAGUUCAUGUUCAGUGUCCUCAAAAGAGCGGAAAUUGUCGAAGAAUCUGUCACAAAAAUCAAAGACCAAUAAGUCGAAGCCGGCAGAUCAAACGAAGGUUUCGGAUGUGAGCUCAAUUUUGGGCAGAGCCAGUACAGCUGGACUCGGGAAGGCAGUGGAGGUUCUCGACACACUUGGUAGCAGUAUGACCAGUUUGAACUCCAACAGUGGUUUUAUAUCUGGAGUUACUAAGAAAGGCAAUAGAAUAUCUAUUCUGGCUUUUGAGGUCGCCAAUACAGUUGUCAAAGGUUCCAAUCUCAUGCAGUCUCUCUCAGAACAGAAUGUAAAGCACUUGAAAGUAGUGUUCCGAUCUGAAGGUGUUCAGAAUUUGGUUUCCAAAGAUAUGGGUGAGCUCCUAAUGCUUGCUGCAGCUGACAAAAGGCAAGAGUUGAAAGUAUUUUCAGGAGAGGUGGUUCGUUUUGGUAAUCAUUGUAAGGAUCCUCGGUGGCACAAUUUGGAUCGUUAUUUUGCAAGACUGGAGUCAGAAGUUACACCUCCGAAUCACCUUAAAGAAACGGCAACAGGAGAGAUGCAAUAUUUGAUGACACUUGUUCAGAAUACAGCUGAACUCUAUCAUGAGUUGAAUGCAUUAGAUAGAUUUGAGCAAGAUUAUCGGCGAAGACUUCAGGAAGAGGGCAGUUCAGUUGCAUUUCAAAAAGGGGACACAAUUCAAAUCAUAAAGCAAGAGUUGAAGAACCAGAGGAAGCAUGUAAUUAGUUUAAAGAAGAAAUCACUUUGGUCUAAGAUACUUGAAGAUGUCAUGGAGAAGCUUGUAGACAUUGUCCACUUUUUAGGUUUGAAGAUUCAUGAUGCCUUUAGAAUUACAGGUGAAGAUCAAACUGUGAAAAGGUCCGUUACUAGCCAUCAGAGGUUAGGAUCUGCUGGACUCGCGCUGCACUAUGCAAAUAUCAUUACACAGAUUGAUACUCUUGUAUCACGGUCAAGUUCAGUCCCUCCGAAUGCUAGGGAUGCAUUGUACCAAGCAUUGCCCCUUACCGUUAAAUCUACUUUACGAAAUAAGCUACAAUCAUUUCAGGUCGACGAAGAGCUCACAGCACCUCAAAUCAGAGCAGAAAUGGAGAAAACAUUGCAAUGGCUUGUACCUAUCGCCAAUAACACAACUAGAGCACACCAUGGCUUUGGAUGGGUCGGAGAGUGGGCGAACACAGGGAAUCAAAACCUUGGUGGGCAGCUUGAUCUGAUCAGGAUGGAGACACUUCAUCAUGCGGACAAGGAGAAGACCGAAGCUAUCAUACUGGAGUUAGUGGUUUGGCUUCACCACCUCAUCAGCAAAUGUACGAUCACGAAUGGAGGAAAUCACUCUCUUUUUAAAUCCCCUAUUUCCAUUCCUAUUCCAACUCAAAAGAGAACGGCAGCUUCUUCAGUUCCCCAGAAACUCACCAAAGAAGACCGCAAAACAGCACAAGAAGACAAACAGGGAAAGCUUACUUUGGAGGACGGCAACAACGAUCGAGAACUCAGCUUUCCAAAACCAAGAUUAACUAAGCAUGAUGGAUCAAGUACCAGCAGUGGCAAUUCCUCGAUGAGAGGAAGCAGGAAAAAGAUUUCUACAACAAGGCGGCCUGCUGUGACUCCUCUCACGGAUUCUGAUGUUGGUAAAGACGAAAACUUAGACGGGACAGCUAAAUGAUAUCGUUAAUAGAUUGCGGUCGAAAUAUCAAGGAUUAUUCAGUUAAUGUAGAGGGGCUAACUAUUUACUAUGCUACCGAGGCAGAUGUGUGAAAUAUAUAUUCCUUUGUAUGUAAUGCUGGAAAUGGUGAUACAAUUGAUUUUGUAUAGUGGAAAUAGGUUAUUUAUGUGCACAAAAUGAAAAGAAGAAUACGAAGCACCGCUUCUGCUUGUACAAAAAUUUGGUUAUUUUUCCAAAUGAACCUUUAUUUUUUCGUGUUUGUA